AUGACGUUCGAAUGUCUCCUCCCACUGAGGCUGUUUAGCCCUGCCUUCUUCUACUCGAUCCUUCUCUUCUGUUCCAUCGCCAUCCUUACUAAGGCUGAAGAUCCCACCUCUUCACCAGCUCAGCAAAGCGCACCCUUCGUAGACCAGGCCACAGGCCUGGGUAUGGAGCGCUUCUUCGGAGCUCGUACCUCGUUUGCCUUCGCGAUGGCUCUGCCAGAAACAACUUCAUCAUCUUUCAUCGGCCAAUUGUCAUUCCCGCUAGUCAACGGUGCUGGAUGGGGCGCCAUGGGCUUGACCGGCGACAUGGAAGGAAACUUCUUCCUGGCAGCAUGGCCGGAUGGCAAUGGUGGUGUCAUGGCUACAUUCCGCCAAGGAACCAACGAGGACAACCCACCCGAAGUCAAGGGCAACUUCGCCGUCCGGCCUAUUGCAGAGGGCGUCUCCGUUAACGCAACGUCUCUGACUUAUACCUUUCUCUGCGAGAACUGUCUAGAUGCGACUUUGGGACUCGGUCCGGAGGCCACGAGUGCCAACGCCGUAAUGGGAUGGGCUCUGUCGGAGAAGGCCGUGAGAAACCCCGGAAACCCUGGGGCAACUUUGGGGUUCCACGAGAGAGGAUUCGGUCCAUUUACUGCGCGGCUAGGCAACGCAAAGUCUGCACAGUUUGAUGCUGUAGCUGCCACAGCAGGGCCACCCGUUUCUGGGUCAAGUCGAGCGGUUGCGGUGACCCCCAAUGCGUUCCGCGAGGGGGAGGGUGGAGAUGACGAUAAGAAGAAAGGGGGUGGGAAGGGUGGUGAUGAUGACGAUGAUGAUGAUGAUUAG